CCGAUGAAGGCCACUUCUAAGGUCUAAAGUCUCCUUGAGCCCUUCUAAGCGUCCUGCCUAUCUAAGGUGGAAAAGGAGACGAAGCAACAUGCAGAAACGAAGGUGAAGGCCAGCAAAAGACAUGGGAAGGCAACAACAGAGUCAUCACAUUCAACGAAGGCUGCAUUCAAGGCAAAGCACCCCCCCGGGAUAAGGAGGAGGAGGACCAGGAGGAGAACCAGUUAUCGAUAUUUCUUCGGACAAGGUCCGUCUCCGUGCCUGUUGUUGCAUACGUCAGUGAGUGAGUAGCACGUUCAUAGUCCCAUUACUUGGUCCUGCUUAGUGCAGUACGAGCUCGGGUGGCGCAUUACUGGCCGACUUACGUACGUGUACGUACUUGCUCGCUUUUUUGCUGGCCUCUUUUCUAGUAUCUUUCCUGGCCACUGCCACUUUGAAAGCCAUAUCCAUUUAGUGUAUAUGGAGGAGCCUGGCCUUCGAGUGUGUUUCGAAUUCGUGGCUUACCUUGGCUCGGGAGUCCCGUGAAUGGAAUCGAUUUCCUCAUUAACGCCUUGUGCACCUGGGUGCCCCGAACAAGAGGGACGAGGCUAACCAGGAAUAAGUAAAGAAUUCUCCAACAAGAUUUGAGCCCUCCUCCUUUCCUCCUUCUCAGAAACAAAAGCAUCGUUUAAUGUCAAGUACAAUGACUGCAGUCACUCCCAUGAGCACGUCAUCCUCAUCCAUGUCUUCAUCCUCAGCCCAGACGCCCCUACGGAAAGGCGGCCUUCCAGCUAUGGACAAGAUUGACGACCUGGUGCCGGCAGGUUUGAUCCACCCUCGGGAUAACCUUCACAUUGUUGACCCCAAAUAUACCAGAGUGGGCGAAGGCUUCCGCAAGACGGUCCCACAUGAAAUGCAAUGUGCCAUGUUUUGUGGUGGACUCAAAUGUAAAUAUGAAAGUGGGACGAAGUGGAAAAGCCAUCAACAAGCCAUAAAGGGGAUCUACAGCCAUUGGAUCACGGACAAUCUGCUGGCCAUGGCGCGACCCAACACGGAAACAAUGGCCCAACUCAAGAUCAUUGAGCAAUUCAAGAAUCAUAACAUACGAUCCAUAAUCAACCUUCAGACCCCAGGAGAACAUGCCAGUUGUGGCAAUAAAUUGGAGGCCUCGGGGUUUACCUACGAUCCCAACGAGUUCAUGAAGAACGACAUCUACUUCUACAACUUUGGUUGGAAGGAUUAUGGCGAAGCACCCAUGGCCAACCUUCUCGACAUGGUGAAGGUCCUCUCUUUUGCUCUCUCAGAGGGAAAUGUGGCUGUUCAUUGCCAUGCAGGCAUGGGUCGAACAGGUGUCCUCAUCUCCUGUUAUCUGGUGUACUUCUUGAGGGUCCGUGCCAACGAUGCCAUACGCUUUGUCAGAUUGAAACGACCCGGUGCUGUACAAACUAGGAAACAAAUUGAAUGUGUUAAGGAGUUUGAGACCUAUUUCCUCCCUCAGUGCCUUGUCUUUAGUAACCGGCCCCCCAACGAGCCGGACAAGAAGCUGGGCCGGUUCUCAGUCGAACAGAGCCUUAAACGGCAAAAACUUGUCAUUCAUGGAUACGAGGCCAGAACGUUGAAGCACAUCCCCAAGCUCAUUUACACCAUCUGUGAGAGGCUGCUAAAGUUGUGCAACUGCAAACCUCUUUAUCAUAUUAGUGAGAAUAAUUUCUCCAGGAACUUCAUCGCAUACAGACACGACAAUAAGGGCAAUAAGCUACUCAACUUCAAGGACAGUUCCGGUCAGAAUACACCCAACGACAGUAUAGCCAUUACCAGACGCUCCAGUCGUUCCAUGAUGCUGAGCACGGAUGACGAAAUGUCCACAGGCAUGCCAACCCCAUCGUCCCGACCAGGAUCCGAGACAAACUCGUACAUUCAGUCUUGUUCAUCCGCUCUUUCGGGGCUGGACGAUAAGAAACUCGACGAUUACUUGGGAGAUGGGAUUCACGGACAGACUCUUCAGGAUAAUAUGGUCACGAAAGAGUUGGAGAGUCACCACGGUUUCCAAAAAGUAGCCAAGGAGGAAAUGUUGCCAAAAUGUAACCCCGAUGCCGUUCACGAGGCCUUCUUGGCCAAUCAUGCAGAGCGCAUCCGGGCCGAAGGAUCCAAUGAGUGGGCCACUGAAGAGACACUCUUAUUCAAACGAUACCGGGUCGACCUCAAUAACCGUGCUUCUGCGUGGGACAAGUUGGAAACCGAGACGAAUCUCUUUGUGCUCACUGCGCUGCUUCUGGAAUGGCUUGAGCACCUGAAAUCGCCCGUGCUCAACAAAGAUGGCAUCACUUACGUCGUGAUCCGUUGCGAUAACAUCGAUGCAGCCUUACGCAAACUUCCCAUCCACGUAUGUUACAUCCUGGAGUACAUCGUCCGUUUUGUGGCCAGACUCCAGCCGCUCAAGCGGUCGCAGAGUGAGAACCUUAUGAAGCGAUUUGUGGCCGCUCUGACUCAUCAAUCCCUUUCCAUCGAGGGCAAGACAUAUCCGGGCGGGAAAGGGUUUCAAAAGCUAAGAGGCGGAACCUCGGAGAGCACUAUGAAGUUCCUCAUGAAACUUUUUGACGUCCUCACCCAUCCAGGCCACAUGGCUGAUCACCUCGAAAACAACUUUGGUCUUCACAGUAUGGCGGGAGGCUUCAGCAACUUGGGUGCGAGUGCUGCCUCAAGGUCUUUGAAUAUGUCACCCCCCAACGCUCAUUAUCUCAGUGUCUCCAGUUCGAAUAACUCCAUGGAAGUAUCCAGUUCUCAUUCAGUCUUGCAACAGGGAGACGAUCUCGAUUCAGCUGAUUUCCAAGAUCCCGAGAAAGAUACCACUUCGGUUGUGAAAGUGUUCGACGUGGUCGCGGAUAUUGAAGUCCACAAGGAGAGUGAUCCCAACAACAUCGACCUGAUAAGAGAAGUAGUAGAUUCCGAAACAGCUGAACUGGACAAGCUGACAGAGGAGCUUCAUGAGGAGAGCUUAUUUUCUUGAACAAAACCAGCCUAACUUGCACAAAAUGACAGAAGUCCGAUACUUAUAUUGAAGAAGACAAUCAGUAUUGCAUUCAUUGACGCAUCAUGAUCUUGAUCCGAGAUGAUAGCCGUUCUACAUUUGUUGGUGAUAGCUACCUAAAAUAUAUCCGACCAGUAUUUAUCGAGUUAUUCGGGGCUUUUCAUCAUGCGUUGUCAUUUGAAACUAAAAACUCAAGUAUGCAUCGAGUUUCAUCAACUUCCUUUUCACAGCAGCCACACGAUCCUUGGAAGUGUUUUCAAGAGGGAGUUUCGCCCACCUUAUUUUCAAGCUCGUCAAAGGAGAUAAUUACCAUUGAUAUCACAUGUAAUCAAGCAAUUUAGGACCAUUCUAAUGACAUCUUCUUGGUGGUCCAACCCCUUGUUUAUCUUCUUUUCUCUCUCUCUCUCUCCUCUCCUCUCCUCUCCUUUUCAAACUGGAAUUUUAAAGUUCGGAAAAGAGGUCACUUUUUUAGAGUUCACCUUUUUUUUCAUUUUAACCUCUAGUAUUUCAACUAAUUUCAACAAUCCACCGUU